UGGAGCGCCUCCUUCGUGCGCAACUCCCCACCCUUCCGCGGCGGCCGCUGCUUCUCUCGCUCUCGAAACGUCAGUGGGAAUUUCCAGCCAGGAAGGAAGUGAGAGCAGCAGCAGCAGCGGCGGCGGCGGCGGCGGCAGGGGAGGGAGAGAGGAGGUAACUCGCUGCGGAAGGGCAGCUGCUGCUGACAGGUCUGUGGGACGGAGCCACCCGGGCCGCUCUCCAAAACGAGGGGGAAAAUCCCCGCCGCGCUGCAGCUGCAGGGGAGGAGGACGAGGCGGCUGCUCCCGUCGGCCGCUCUGCUUCUCAGCCUGGUUUACAUGGCGCCGCGCUGACUCCUGCGAAGGCGGCGGCAAGCAAAGCGCAGGGCUGAGCUGCUGCCCGGAGCGGGGCUCGCCCCCCGCCGAAGUACCGGAGCGCGGCCAGCCUGGAGGAGAAGGGGGCCGAGCCGGAAUACGCUCCCGCCUGAGGCUCUUAAAAUGGCAGAAGAUGAUGCCUAUAUCAUGGGAGUAUCUGAUCAUCAAAUGUUUGCAAUGGAUCAGUUCAUGGGAGUGAAUGCACUAUUUAAUAAUACAGGUUUCAUUACCUCAGAUUUACCACUACGAACAGCAGAUGGACCAUAUCUUCAAAUCAUAGAACAGCCUAAACAGAGGGGGUUUCGUUUCAGAUAUGUGUGUGAAGGGCCAUCACAUGGUGGACUUCCGGGUGCUUCUAGCGAAAAGAACAAAAAAUCAUACCCUCAGGUCAAAAUCUUCAAUUAUGUUGGGCCUGCAAAAGUAAUUGUGCAGUUAGUCACUAAUGGAAAAAAUGUCCACCUGCAUGCCCACAGCUUGGUGGGUAAAUAUUGUGAGGAAGGAGUAUGCACAGUUAAUGCAGGACCUAAGGAUAUGGUAGUAGGGUUUCCAAACCUAGGGAUACUUCAUGUCACAAAGAAGAAAGUGUUUGAAACUCUGGAAGCACGAAUGACAGAUGCCUGUAAAAAAGGAUACAAUCCUGGGCUCCUAGUGCAUUCUGAACUCAACUAUAUUCAAGCAGAAGGUGGUGGAGAGAGACAACUAACAGAGAGGGAAAGAGAAAUCAUCCGUCAGGCAGCCGUUCAGCAGACUAAAGAGAUGGACCUCAGCGUGGUGCGACUCAUGUUCACAGCCUUCCUCCCCGACAGCACUGGCAGCUUCACAAGAAGACUUGAUCCUGUCAUAUCAGAUGCAAUAUAUGACAGCAAAGCCCCCAAUGCAUCCAAUUUAAAGAUUGUAAGAAUGGACAGAACAGCAGGAUGUGUGACAGGAGGAGAGGAGAUUUACCUUCUUUGUGACAAGGUUCAGAAAGAUGAUAUUCAAAUUCGUUUUUAUGAAGAGGAUGAAAAUGGUGGCGUAUGGGAAGGCUUUGGAGAUUUUUCUCCUACAGAUGUACAUAGGCAGUUUGCUAUUGUAUUCAAAACCCCGAAGUACAGAGAUGUCAAUAUCACAAAACCAGCAUCUGUUUUUGUCCAACUGCGGCGGAAAUCUGAUCUGGAAACAAGUGAGCCAAAGCCGUUUCUGUACUACCCAGAAAUCAAAGAUAAAGAAGAAGUUCAGAGGAAGCGACAGAAGCUUAUGCCUAAUUUUUCUGAUGGUUACGGUGGAGGCAGUGGUGCUGGAGGUGGAGGAGGUGGAAUGUAUGGAGGCGGAGGAAGUGGUGCUGGCUCAGGGUACGGUUACCCCUCCUAUGGGUAUUCUGCUUAUGGAGGCAUGCCUUUCCACCCAGGCACCACAAAGUCUAGUGCUGGAAUGAAACAUGGAAUUUCAAAUGAUAUGGCUGAACAGGAUGGGGAAAGCUGCAAUAAGCACGUCGACAAACCAGAUGUGAAACAUAACACGACAGUGGAAAUCACAGAGAGGAGGGAGUCCAGAGUUUGUAGUGGGGAUAAUAAGGAGGAGGAUGUUACUUUGUCAUGUACAGCUGGAGUAACUGAAGCAGAUUGUAGGUUAGAGGAUGAUCUAUUCCUGGAGAAGGCAAUGCAGCUUGCUAAACGUCAUGCCAAUGCUCUUUUUGACUACGCUGUAACUGGUGAUGUGAAGAUGCUACUAGCUGUUCAGCGACAUCUUACUGCUGUCCAGGACGAAAAUGGUGACAAUGUCAUUCACUUAGCAAUUAUCCACCUUCAUUCUGAGCUAGUGAGAAACCUCUUAGAAGUGGUGCUGGAUUUUAAUUUGGAUGACAUCAUCAAUAUGAGAAAUGACCUUUAUCAGGCACCAUUGCACUUGGCAGUUAUCACAAAGCAGGCAGAAGUGGUAGAGGACUUGCUGAGGGCUGGAGCUGAUGUCAGCCUUCUGGAUCGACAUGGCAAUUCUAUCUUGCAUCUAGCUGCCAAAGAAGGAGAUGAUAAGAUUUUAAAUAUACUCCUUAAGCAUGAGAAGACAUCUCCAAUGAUCAACUAUUCAAAUGGGGAAGGUCUCAGUGUGAUUCACAUGGCAGUGAUGGCAAAUAGCAUGCCUUGUCUCAGGCAGAUGAUUGCUGCUGGAGCUGACGUCAAUGCUCAGGAACAAAAGUCCGGGCGAACUGCCUUGCAUCUGGCUGUCGAACAAGAGAACAUCUCUUUGGCAGGCUGCCUUCUCCUUGAGGGUGAUGCAAAUGUUGACAGUACUACAUACGAUGGGACAACUCCACUUCACAUAGCAGCUGGAAGGGGGUCUACAAAACUGACAGCUCUUCUCAAAGCAGCAGGUGCAGAUCCUCACAUUGAGAACUUUGAGCCAUUGUUUGACCUAGAAGACAUGAGAGACAAAGACAGUGAAGAUGAAGGAAUCGUACCUGGAACGACACCUUUGGAUAUGGCCUCCAGUUGGGAGGUAUUUGACAUAUUAAAUGGAAAACCCUAUGAAUCAAAGUUGGCUUCUGAUGACUUACUGUUGCAAGGAGAUAUGAAAAAAUUGAAUGAAGACUCCAAGCAGCAGCUUUACAAGUUACUGGAAGUACCAGAUCCAAACAAAAACUGGUCUACACUGGCACAAAAAUUGGGUCUGGGAAUACUUAGUAAUGCCUUCAGGUUGAGUCCUACCCCAGCCAAAACUCUGCUGGAUAACUAUGAGGUUUCUGGUGGUACAGUGAAAGAGUUGGUUGAUGCCUUGAGACUAAUGGAUUACACAGAAGCAAUUGAAAUCAUUCAGAAAGUGCUCUCCAUCCCAUUAAACCAGUCUAGCAAUGAGGAUAAUGCUAUGAAGGCUCCGCCAUCGUCACCAUCUGCCUUUGCCACCAAAGAAGAGACAGGUGAACUUUAUAAUGUAAAAUUGCAAGACAAUGAAAGCAUGUGCGAUAGCGGUGUGGAGACCUCCUUCCGCAGACUUAGCUUCACUUACUCUGAGUCCCUUAACAGCAAGUCAUCGAUAACACUUAGCAAAAUGGCCCUGGGAUAUGGACAAGAAGGCUCAGUUCAAGGCAAAAUGUAACCAGUUAGUAACAUGCAAUUUUAUGAACCAAAAUAACAGUUAAAAAUAUGCUUGUAUAAUUCUCUCCAGCAGAAGUGAUUUUACAGCCAAAAGUGCACUGGAAAAUACCUGUCUGAAGUGUUCAAGAUUUGAAAACAUGACUCAUGAACAUUGCUUCUUUCUUUGUUUAAGUACUUUUAGUUUUGUUCAUUUACAAGCAGUAUAGUGUUACCAGAACCAGUAACCAGUGCCGCAUAGAACUGGAUGAUGUAACUGAAUGAGCUUUUCUGGUUGCCAGAAUUUUCUGUAUGGGAUGGACGUUGCUACUUCUUGAUAAUGUUGAACAUCAACUCACCGUUCAUAAAAGAUGUACUGCACACAGAGCAAUUGAGGAUGCAUCUUCUAGCAAUCCAUUCCCCAGUUAUACAGCACAGCUACAUGGAAAUGGGAGCUCAUACAACUCUUAAAAGAAUUCCGCUGAUGUUAAAGACAAAUUGUGGUUUUCUCAAAGUAGUCAUUGUUGCAAUUUUAAAAAAACUACAAAAAAGCGAUCAUGUAUAUUUCAGUGAAUGUAUUUAAAUUUAACUCUGGUGACUAUAAUCAUUCAAAGCUUUAAAAAGUUUGUCACUUUACUAUUGUAAAUAUUCUUUUUAGAUCAAUUCCUUUUACAGAGGAAAUCUGUGCUUUUUAAAUGCUUAUUUUUAUUUUACUUUUAUAAUAAAAACAAAAUUAAAUUAAAUCUUCCAUCCUCAUUGACCAUUUUGACUUCCCUUUGUAGAGUUUUAGAAAGAUGUGUGUCUUUCUAUUUUUUUCCUCUGUUCACCUUUUCAAUUAUAGGACCUGAGAGCAGAUAAUACAAGAUUAAUGUGAUUUUUUUUUUGCAUUAAAAAUAGCCAUGAGGCUGAAAACAAUUCCUCUUCAAGCAUUGCCCAUUUUUACUUGAGAAGUCAGGGGCCUGAGAUAUAGCUGAGCAGAGGUGCAGUGUGCAGGCUGUGGUUUGUAGUUUUGGAACUAUGGCCUCUAAUGCUAAUCCUCUUUACUCCCAUUUGUGUAUCUGUCCUGUUGAUUAAUAACAGUGAAAGAGAGUGCUCCACGGGAGGAUGUGCACACACUGCAAAGUAGGGCUCGCAUCUGCGGAGAGCCAUGCCUCGUGCUUUGAAUGAGGGGGAUAUAGGGAGGUGCAAGCCUGCAAUCACUGGGCUGCAAAGCCAGAGACUCCACAGCAGAAGAGAAGGAAAUGGGGAGGUAGAGCCCCAAUAGGG